CUAGCCAUGGGAGCGGUGGCAAAAGCGGCCGCAAUUGGCGGCAAUGGCGGCAGCGACUAUGGCAGUGGCAGUGGCGGCAGUGCAAGUGGCAGCAGCGGCAGCGCAAGUGGCGGCAGCGGCAGCCGCAGCAGCGGCAGUGGCGGCAACGACUACGGCAGUAGCAGCGGCGGCAGCGCAAUUGGCGGCAGUCGCAGCCGCAGCAGCGGCAGUGGCGCCAGUGGCAGCGGCGGCAGCGCAAGUGGCGGCAGUGGCAGCCGCAGCAGCGGCAGUGGCGGCAGCGGCUGCGGCAGUGGCAGCGGCGGCAGUGCAAGUGGCGGCGGCAGCGCAAGCGGCGGCGAGCUGGCGGACGCGGCUGGUGACGAGCUGGCGAGCUCUGCUGGCGGCGAGCAGGCGAGAGAAAAAGGAAAUUCCUGCAUCAAGGACCUGUGGCAGCUGCCCAUCAUCCCUUGGAAUGGGAAGACUCCAACAGCAGCAACGGCAGCAGCGGCAAAGGCAACAGCAGGAGGAGAUGCAACUGCACCAACUGAUGGGGUGCUGGAAGCAGUCAAGAAAGUGCAGAAGCAGCAGACACAUGGUGAGGUGCUUGCUGGUGUGGAUGCGAGUGCGGCAUGGGCUAAGGCUUCAUCAAGGAUGUCAAGGGAUGUGAAGUUUCUUGAGUCCCUGUACUACAAGGAAUGGAAGCAGCAGCAACAGAAGCUUCCAUCUACACCGCUCAUUGUGGAGGCGGAUGAGGUGCAGCGGCCUUCAAGACAGGUAGAGGUUGCAGUGUCAGAGGAGGAGAUGUCUGGGGUGACUGAGGAAGGGGGAGCAGCUGAAGUAGAGCAGCAGCAGCAGCAGCAUGAGUCUCCACCUCGAGUUCCACACCCGCCUGAGCGUCCUAGGAGGGAUGUGCGCCCUCCAGUGAGGCUGACCUAUGGGGGAAGAGGCAAGCCGAAUGUGGUGCAGGCUGGGAGUGUGGUUGAGCAGAUUGAGGAAGAUGAGAUCGCUCACUGCUACUGGGCACCAAUCCCUGAGCCCAAGACUCGAGAAGAGGCCUUGAAUGGACCAAAUGGGGAGAAGUGGAAGGCGAGUGAGGAUGAGGAGUUUGGGUCCCUGAUUGAGAACGAGACAUGGGACCUGUGUGACUUGCCUCCUGGAAAGAAGGCAAUCACUUCCAAGAUGAUCUACAGGCACAAGUAUGGACCUGAAGGGGAGCUGACCCGAUACAAGUCUAGGCUUGUGGCAAGGGGGUUUCAGCAGACAAAAGGGAAGGACUAUGAUGAGGUGUUUGCUCCUGUGGGGAAAGGAACAACACUGAGGGUGCUGUUGGCGAUAGCUGCACUCCUGGGAUGGAAGAUACGGCAGAUGGACAUUGUGACUGCCUUUCUGAAUGGGAUCAUUCUGGAGGAGGUGUAUAUGAAGCAGCCAGAGGGGCUGGAUGAUGGGAGCGGCAGGGUCUGCAGGCUGAAGAAGGCCAUCUAUGGCCUUAAGCAGGCGCCUCGUGCAUGCAAGAAGCAGAAUGAGGUGGGAUUGUCCUCAUGUGAGACUGAGUACAUGGCCUUACACCAUGGGGCCAAGGAAGUAGUGUGGCUAAGGCGUUUGUUGGAGGAGUUGGGAGUUGGUCAGGAGGAGCCGACAGUUGUGUUCUGUGACAAUGAGUCUGCUGUGAAGCUCGCCAAGAAUGCUUGUUUGCAUGGGCUGACAAAACACAUAAGGCCUAAGUGGCACUGGGUGAGGAGACUCCUUGAUAAGGAGGUGCGGCUGGAGAUAGUGAAGACCCAUCAGCAGGCAGCAGAUAUUUUCACCAAGCGUCUGGCGGAGGCGGAUCAUUGGAAGGGCAUGAAGCUUGCUGGGAUGAAUUCUUGAACUUUGAUUGAACUCUUGAGAUUGA